GCAGUGAUUGUUUCCUCGGCAGAUCGACAGGGCAACGAGUAAUUUUUCUUUUUUUGUGCGCUUUCUUUCGUCAUCAUCAAAGGGUCUAGAUUUUAGCCUCAACUGUCUUUGUAGAAAAACUGCCUUGCCGAACAAAGACCAUCUCACGCCCUCGAAAGUCAUGUCAGCACCAGCAUCACUACACGCUUCUUCAAUAUUCGCCGUCCGCGAAACAGCGGAAUCUGGACGAGGUGUUUACGCCACACAAUUCAUUCCGAAGGGCACGCUUUUAUUCGAGACUGCGGAGAUCGCGGCGAGUGUGGUGUAUCGCGAAUACUGGAAGGAAGUCUGCGCACAAUGCUUCAAGUAUGAUAGGGGCCGAAAUUGGAAGAUUCGCGACCAAACAGCUGGACAUGCCUUCUGCAGUGAGGAAUGCCAGACGAUAUGGAAGAAUGAUACUGUGAACGAUGAAGCAGCAUCGAUUGCAAUUGAAGGACUAGGGAAGACAGCGAAACAAGGCUCUUCGGACACAGAUGAAGACCCAGCACACAGUCUACCUCGACCGACAACACAAGAGAUUGACGCAGCAUGGGCAGAAGCAGAAGAGACGGCGACAAAGAUCCGCAAUGCACGAUCGUCCGCCAAACCAUCCAAGCCAGAGCGCCGUCUAUUGUCACAAAUCCUCGCCACACCGCCCAUACGCGACGUGAUAACCUACCAACUACCCGCCCUUCUGACCAUUGCAAACUCGCCAUCAUUGUGGUCUGACGUACUUAUCCUCGAAUCCGAAGCCAUACCGUACAUUUCGCCAGCCGACCUCAAGUUCCAAAUCACCAGUUAUCACCAUCUCUUAGCGUGCGCGCCGCUUCCUCUCCUCGACCACAUCACCGCAGACAACAUCCGCACGCUGGCAGCGAAGUCUUCGCAUAAUGUGUUCAACAUCUGGUCGCAAGAUCUGGACGAUGGAGGAAGUGGUGGUAGCGAGUGUCUAGGAUAUGGCUUGUGGACGGCAGCGAGCUAUUGGAACCACAGCUGUGGGCCGAAUAUACGAAAGAGGAGGAACGGUCGGACAUGGAUGUUCUGGGCAGAGAGGGACGUCCAGGAGGGAGAGGCACUGUGCAUCAGUUAUCUAGGUGGUGAUGAGAGGGAUAUGACGAGGCAGGAAAGGAGAACGAAGCUCAAGGAGCACUGGAAGUUCGACUGUGCUUGCAAGAGGUGUGAUGAAGAGGCCAAGUAGGGGCGAUGCCACCUAUCGAUAACAAUCGCUGGCUUGACAAGGCUACUUUCAGACCCAUAGCAGAAGAUAUCUCCGCCAUGAUGCAUACCCGAUUGUUCUCAAGGCUGCCUUGUCGCAAGACAAGCUCGAAGCAGCUGCCGGCACGCGGGAAUCUCACCGGCGAAAACGCUUGGGCCACGUCCGGUCUUGACGAGCUCCUUGACGAACUUCGGGCCCGUCAAUUCACCAUCUCCU